UUUCCGGUUCCUCCCUGGCAAGCGCGUCGGGGCGGGCGCGUGAGCGGAGGCUUUGGCUGCAGGGGAAGGAGGACUAUGAAGCUUCCGAAUAUCCUGCUCACCGGUACACCAGGGGUUGGAAAAACCACACUAGGCAAAGAACUUGCAUCAAGAUCAGGCCUGAAGUACGUUAACGUGGGAGAUCUAGCUCGAGAAGGGCAGUUAUACGACGGCUACGAUGAGGAGUAUGGCUGUCCCAUUCUAGAUGAGGAUAGGGUUGUCGAUGAGUUAGAGCAUCAGAUGCAGGAGGGCGGUGUGAUUGUGGAUUACCACGGCUGUGACUUCUUCCCCGAACGCUGGUUUCAUAUAGUGUUUGUGUUGAGAACAGAUAAUGGUGUAUUGUAUAAACGACUUGAAACAAGGGGUUAUAAUGAGAAGAAACUACAAGACAAUAUUCAGUGUGAGAUUUUUCAAGUUCUUUAUGAAGAAGCCAUAGCAUCUUACAAAGAAGAAAUCGUGCAUCAGCUGCCCAGUAAUGAACCAGAACAGCUCGAGGACAAUAUCAACCAAAUCUCAAAAUGGAUUGAGCAGUGGGUCAAAGAUCAUAACCCUUAACUUAGACACUGGCUAGCCAGGCACCACCUCCGUCCAUCGUCCCAGAUCUUAGGAGGCAGCAGCUGGUCUACACAGUGAGUUCUAGGCCAGCCAGGGCUGCACAGUAAGGCUCUGUUUCAAAGGGAAAAAAGAAAAAGAAAAAAAGCCUGGCUACCGUCACUCAGUCCACAUAGUAGGAACACGGGAGGAUGAGCAGAAGAAAGCUUGUGUCGCAGCUCUAGCUGCUGCCUGGAUUUCUUUUUCUCCGUGAGAAACCUUACACAAUCUCAGAUAUGAAUAUAACUUAUUAAAGAUUAAAAGUUGUCUUCAAAUUGAAUUGAUAAUAAAUCUGGUCAAUGGAUACACAUCUCUUUAAUAGUAGGUGAUCUCUUAGAUAAAAAUGGAAAAUUAAAGAUA